AUGUCUCAUAUUCGACCAGAAGAUGCCAGGUACCCUCCUGGUCCUCCUUCUCGACCGUUUCCUCGCAGGGACGAUAAGGACGGCCGCAUGUAUGACGACAAUUCUCCAACCCGUUCUCGCUCACCUGGCGGUCCUUCCCGUACUCCCCCUCGACGCCCCGCGGCUGACAGGAGACACGACUACCCCCGAGACCAUUCCGACUCUAGAUCCCGAUACCGAAGUCGAGACCUCGAAGAGCCCCGACGGCGGUCCUCGCGGUCACCCCCUCGACGACCACGGCACGGUUACCGCGACCGCGAUCGCGAAGGUUAUCGCUCGCGCAGUCGAAGUCGAAGUUACAGUCGCAGUCGAAGCCGGAGCCCGCGGCGCGGUCGACCACAUUAUGGACAAGAAAGUAGAGAGGUUAUGAUGGACGGUUUACCGGUGGACAUGGCGGAAGAAGACAUUUCGCAAGAAUUGAAAGAAUUCUACUAUAUCGAGGGCUUGGAGGAAGUCCGUGUCAUUCGCGAUCGACAAACUAAAAUAUCUCGCCAGUUGGGCUUUCUUCGAUUCCGAAGUCAGAACCACUCCCGUUCCUUUGUUGAACAGAAUUUCCCAACGAUAUACUUGUGCGGACCGAGUGCGCAGGACGAUCGCGGCACCCCAGUGCGCAUCGCGUACAGCCGGGAAAGGGAGGACCGCGCUAAAGCUAGGGCUGAAGGAGACUGGACAUGCAUGAUGUGCGCUAUUGUCAACUAUUCCACCCGAAAUAAGUGUUUCCGAUGCCAAGCACCACGACCAGACGCCGGACCCGCCGGCCCUCCAGGCAUAGCUGCUGCGUCUCGAGUAGACAAUCACGGUGACAAUGAUGCUGCACCGGAUAAUCAAUCCUCUCAGUUCCUGCUUUUCCGGGGGCUUGAAACUUCAGUAACCGAAGAGCUCUUGGCCAAGGGUGUCGCCAAGCUCUAUCGUCCGAACUCGGAAGGCACGCCAGGUAACCAGAAGAAAGGUGCGAAAGUGGCUUCGACCACUGGCGACUCGAACCUAGGAGCUCGCGAUGGCUCAAUACGGCGUGUGCUGCUAGUACGAGACCGCAGAAGUAACGAGAGCUGGCGGUAUGGGUUCGCAGAAUUUGCUACGAUUCAGGAUGCGCAAGCGGCUGUUUCACGGCUUCACUCAUUUGAGAAAUUUACAAUAUCAUCCCGACCAGUGAUGGUUAGCUACAUUCACGCGGGUGUUUUCGUGCCGGUCAUGAACCCGACUGCGAGUACCGAAAGAUUUACUUUCAGUCCUCUAAGUAACCCAGCCAUGAAGCUCAUGUACUGGGAUGAGGACGCAUAUGUGAAUGAGCUUACAGUAUCAACCGACUCAGAACCCCAGCAAGCGCCGAAAAACGAUAAGCCGGCGGGCCAGUCGGAGGCGAAAUCCAAAGAGGCAGCUGAUAAAGCGAAGAAGCGAAAAGCCGAUCCCGCAUCCAGCGCCGCCGGAGCUAAAAAGAUGGCAAUGCCGUCUCAUCUUCAGUUCUGGAGCAACCGCCAUGCAGAAUUACACGGCAUCCAAAAGAAGGAUACCGACGACCAAGCCGCUGGAGAGCAAAACUCGCCCGAUACAGCCGCUCCGCCGCGUCAGUCGUACGCCGAUCCCAAUCGGAAUUGUUGCUAUCUCUGCAUGCGACAAUUCAAGGCUACGGCAGAAGUCAACCGUCACGAGCGAUUGAGCCAGCUCCACCGCGGUAACCUGCAGAAAGAGGAGCUCGUCACCAAAGCCACAAACAAGCUCAUAAAGCACGGUAUCAUUCCACAACCACCCGAAUACCGAGACCGCGCGCGCGAGCGUCGCAAGGCUUUCGGUCGCUCCAAAAACACAGCAACGGUAAAACCGGCCCCGGCUGUGGAACGCGAGCCAUCACCGCCAGCGGAAGCCACAUCAAAGGGCGCCUCGCUGCUCAGCAAAAUGGGCUGGUCUGCGGGCACCGGACUAGGCGCACAAGGUACAGGAAUGACAGCUCCCAUUACAACAGAAGUCUACGCGCAGGGUGUCGGGUUAGGGGCACAAGGCGGCAAACUCGGCGAAGCCAGCGAGGAGGCCGCCCGCAACACUCGCGGCCGAUACGACGAGUUUCUGGAGAAGACAAGACAGACAGCGCGAAACCGAUACGACCAAAUGGGCAAGUGA